UGGAGAUGGUCUUUGGCGCAAGAGGCAGCAUCUCUCUAGUGGUAAAGGAGAGGAAGGAGGCUGUGACAGGAGGGUUCUUGUUAGAGUGAAAAGAGCUGUGGACUUAGAAUGAAGGUUCCCAGGCUGUCUCUUUGGCAAUGUUCUUAGUAAGUGUCGGUGAAUGAGUAAUUUAUCCUUCUUGAGUUUCUCUGUGUCCAUCGGAAAAGGCAGACAAAUUGUCUCUUGCAAGGGUCUGAAGCAUCUAAAUGUGGGAACACUUGUGACUGCUUUUGAAAAUGAGAUAAAGCCCCUCGCCAUGUGGUGUUGGAGAAGGCACUUCACGUGGGGGUAUUUGGUUGUAGGAAGUGCUUCAGACUGGUGCACUCCCCAUGGAGAGCAUGUCCCUGAAUAACACAGCAGAAGCCACAUGGAGGGCCUGUGAAGUCUCCUGAGGCAUAGAGGACUGUCGGGCAAGUUUGUCCGCUCCAAAGGGAAAGAAUUAGGUUCCAAAUGCGAACUGUGACACAACACCAAGUCUGUGCCUGGGAAUCAGAUCUGUGGCGGGAUGCAGGAGACAGCUGCCAAAGUCCAGAGAGAGCCUGCACAAGUCCCCAGUGAUAUGCGGAGCAAAGGGUCUUUUCAAUAUUUGGUGACAUCUUGAUGGUGGCCCUCCAGAUCAGAAAUGCAUUGCCUGAUGGAUCAGGAAAGCAUGCCAGGGCAUUUUGUUAAAGAUAAAACAUGAGAGCUUUCAGUUUAACGGUGUCCCAUGCCUAGAUGUCCACGUCUCUGUGCACAUUGGACUGACUGUGCCUGCAGAGUGUGAAGUGGGAAAUAUCUGAACGAACACUUCUGUAUUUACAGAAAAUGAUGAAGGUGAGGAUGAAGAUGUUAAAGUUGAUGACACUGAGGAGGUGCGGAAGGCAGAAGAAAAGAAAGUCCCUGAGGACUCAGUGGAGGAAUAUGCCGUCACUUGUUCAAAUAGCUAUGGCCCUUCUGAGUCCAAUCAGCCUCACAAGAACUGCAAAGUCACAUUUGAGGAAGACCAAAUGGACUUGACUCUGCUUAUAGACCGUGAAUCGUCUCCUGAUGUACGGCAGGAUGCUCUAAACCUUGUCGCAGUCCCUGGCUCCACCUCUUCUACCACAAACGUCAGCAUGGUGGUAUCUGCGGGCCCUUGGCCCAGUGAGAAGUCAGAGAUGAAUACUCUAGAAAUCAACGAGAAACUGCGCCCCCAGCGGCAGAGAACAAACGGGCAGAACAGUUACAACUAUGAAGAGUGCAAAGACCUCCUAAAAUCUAUGCUGCGGGAUGAGCUUCAGUUAAAGGAGGAGAAGCUUGCAGAGCAGCUCGGGCAAGCUGAAGAGCUCAGGCAAUAUAAAGUCCUGGUUCAGUCUCAGGAACGAGAACUGAGCCAAUUAAAGGAGAAGUUGCGGGAAGGGAGAGAUGCCUCCCGCGCAUUGAAUCAGCAUCUCCAGGCCCUCCUCACUCCGGAUGAGCCGGCCACCUCCCAGGGGCGGGACCUCCGAGAACAGCUGGCCGAGGGCUGUAGGCUGGCACAGCACCUCGUCCGAAAGCUCACCCCAGAAAACGGUGAAGAUGAGGAUGAAGAUGUGAACGUUGAGGAAACUGAAAAAGUACAGGAAUCACGUACCCCCAGGGAGGUGCAGAAGGCUGAAGAGAAGGAAGAACCUGCGGACUCACUGGAGGAAUAUUCCAUCGCUUGUUCAAAUAGCCACGGUCCUUGUGAGUCCCACCAGCCUCACAGCGACAAAAUCACAUUUGAGGAAGACCAAGUCAACUCACGUCUCAUUGACUCAUCCUCUCAUGAUGAAUAGGAUGCUGUAUCCAUUAUCCCAGAAAAUGAAAGUGAUCAUGAAGAAGAGGAAGAAAAAGGGCCAGUGUCUCCCAGGAAUCUGCAGGAGUCUGAAGAGGAGGAAGCUCUCCAGGAAUCCUGGGAUGAAGGUUAUUCGACUCCCUCAAUUCCUCCUGACAUGUCUGCCUCAUACCCGUCUUACAGCAGCACCUUUCACUCAUUAGAGGAACAACAAGUGGACUUGGCUCUUGACGUGGGCAGACAUUGGUGUGAUGAAGUGAAAAAGGAGGACCAAGAGGCCACAGGUCCCAGGCUCAACAGGGAACUGCUGGAUGAGAAAGAGCCUGAAGCCUUGCAGGACUCACUGGAUAGAUUUUAUUCAACCCCUUGCGGGUAUCUUGAACUGCCUGACUUAUGCCAGCCCUACAGAAAUGCCUUCUGUUCGUUGGAAGAAGAGCACUUUGGCUUGGCUCUUGACAUGGACAGAAUUACAAAGGAAGAAGAGGAAGAAGACCAAGGCCCACCGUGCCCCAGGCUCAGCAGAGAGCUGCUGGAGGUAGUAGAGCCUGAAAUCUUGCAGGACUCACUGGAUAGAUAUUAUUCGACUCCUUACAGUUAUCUUGAGCUUCCCGAUUCAUGCCAUUCCCAGGGAAGCUCCUUUUACUCAUUGGAGGAACAACACGUUGGCUUUUCUCUUGGCGUGGAUGAAAUUGAAAAGUACCAAGAAGGGGAAGAAGAUCAAAACCCACCAUGCCCCAGGCUCAACGGGGUGCUGAUGGAAGCAGGAGAGCCUGAAGUCUUGCAGGACUCACUGAAUGGAUGUUAUUGGACUCCUUCAAGUUACUUUCAACUACCUGACUCAUUCCAGCACUACACAAGUGGCUUUUACUCACUUGAGGAACAGCACGUCAGCUUGGCCCUUGACGUGGACAAUGGGUUUUUUACUUUGACGAUGAUAAGGUUCCACCUGGGCUUCCAGAUGGGAGUCCUAUUCCCACACUAAGCAGCCCUUCCUAAGCUGAGAGAUGUCAUUGCCGCAGGCAGGACUUACAGGCACAUGUAGGUUUGAAUGAAACUGUAGUUCCGUUUGGAAUCCCAGAUAUAGGAUAGGAAAGUGGGCAGAACUCUAUUCCAUUCUCAGACCAUGCAGUGGCAACCUGUGCUCAGUCUGAAGACACUGGACCCAAGUUAGGUGUGACACGUUCACAUAACUCUGCAGCACAUGCCGGGAGUGAUCUGUGAGAUAUUCUGAUUUGAACCAGGUAUCUCUGGGUAGCUACAAAGUUCCUCAGGGAUUUCAUUUUACGGGCAUGUCUCUGAGCUUCUAUGCCUGCUCAAGGUCAGUGUCAUCUUUGUGUUUAAGUCAUCCAAAGGUGUUACCCUGGUUUCAAUGAACCUCCCCCCAUUCUUUGUAUCUUCAGUGUUGGUUUGUUUUAGCUGAUCCAUCUGUAACACAGGAGGGAUCCUUGGCUGAGGAUUGUAUUUCAGAACCACUGACCGCUCUUGACAAUUGUUAACCCACUAGGCUCCUUUGGUUAGAGAAGCCACAGUCCUUCAGCCUCCAAUUGCUAUCAAUACUUAGGAAGACCACAGCUAGAUGGACAAACAGCGUGGAGAGCCCUUAGCCUGGCUCCUCUCAAUUCCAUCCUGUAAAGAACAGGAGCCAGGAGCCGCUGGCAGGAGACAGCAUGUCACCCGGGACUCUGCCGGUGCAGAAUAUGAACAAUGCCAUGUUCUUGCAGAAAACGCUUAGCCUGAGUUUCAUAGGAGGUAAUCACCGGACAACUGCAGAAUGUAGAACACUGAGCAGGACGACUGGCCUGUCUCCUUCACACAGUCCAUGUCACCACGAAUCUCACAACAAAAAGGAGAAGAGAUAUUUUGGGUUCAAAGAAAGUAAAAAGGGACUGUAGCUACAUUUCUUUAUUUUGAACCCCAAAUAUUUCCUCAUCUUUUUGUUGUUGUCAUUGAUUGUGGUGACAUGGACUCGUUUGUAGAGGACAGGUCAGCUGUCUGGCUCAAUGAUCUACAUUCUGAAGUUGUCUGAAAAUGUCUUCAUGAUUCAAUUCAGCCUAAACGUUUUGCCAGGAACACUGCAGAGUCAAUACUGUGACUUUCCAACCUCAGCCUGUCUAUCUGCGGGCAUAGAAGGUCUAGUUUGUCCAUCACCAUUAUCAUGAUAUCAGGACUGGUUACUUGGUUAAGGAGGGGUCUAGGAGAUCUGUUGCUUUUAGAGACACCUUACUUAUAAUGAAGUAUUUGGGGAAGUGGUUUUUAAAGGUAUGAACGUCAUGUAUUCCAAUCAUCAUCCUCUAAACACUUCAUCGUUUAUUAAUCAUCCCUGCCUGUGUCUAUUAUUAUAUCCAUAUCUCUACACUGGAAAUUUUCUGUCUCAAUUUUUACUCUGCCUCUGUUUUGGCUAGUGUCUGCUGUUGAAAAAAAAAAACCAUUCUCUGCCUGAGUUUUAAUUUUUGUCCAAAGUUAUUUUACCCUAUACAAUUAAAAACUUUUGCCUAUCGCUCUGGACUGUUGGAUUGUUUUUUACAUUCAGUGUUAGAAUCUUUUAUUAUGCUGAUUGGUUUUGGUGGGUUCUGAUACAAAUUAAUAAAAAAAUUUUCAUUUCC